AUGGACAUCAAAUCAACGCAUGAGGCAAAUGCCAAUAUGUCGGAAGCGAGGACAAUCGAUAUCAUAGCCGUGCAUGGGCUUGAUGAAUUUGAUGCACGAGGCAAAUGUUCGGACUCUUCUUGGGAAGAUCCUCUUGAUAAGGAGCUCGAUGGUGGCUGGUUAGGGGCAUCUGUUCGUGAAAUUUGUGGAAAGUCGGCCAAAUUCACGAUACGGCUUUUUUUUUACACUUUCGACUCCACGAAUACUUUCUGCGCUAGUGCCGACGGGCUGUCUAACGAGGCAUAUUCCUUGUUGGAGCAAAUUUGCAUGAACAGGUCCCAAGAGGUGUUAUUUUUGGGUCAGGGUUUGGGAGGGCUGCUGGUUAAACAGGCUUUGCUUAACGCUUUUUUGAGCUCUGAUUUCUGCCAAGUGAAGCGAUGGACGAAGGGGCUGGCCUUUUUUGGAACACCUCACUCACGGGAAUCGGAAUUGCGAAGUGGAUCGCACAAGGGAUUCUUUGAGAGUCUCUUCUGCAGCACUGCUCCCGGACUACAAAUUCCUCCGACACUCUCUAAUGAUUUCCGCCACCAGCUCGAAGACUUUCUCUACAUUUCUUUCUACGGUAACAAUGACGAGGCAACCGGGAGACACGCGUUCGGCUGA